AUGACGCGGCCCCUUUUCCCCUCGGAAGAGGAAGCUUCGGAGCUAAGUAACGGUUGGGGGAGACGGGCUGGACUAAGGAAGCACAACAGCAGGGGCGAGGGGGUGGUGAGUGCGUGUCCCGGGACAGGAGGCCGAAGCAGGCAGGGGGACGGGGGUUGGGUGCGUGUCCCGGGACGGAAGGCAGGCGGGGGAAGGCGGCUGGCUGGGCGCACCCCAGGGGCUGGAGCAGGGCACGGAGGCGGCGGCUGGCUGGGCGCACCCCAGGGGCGGGAGCAGGACUCGGAGGAGGCGGCUGGCUGGGCGCACCCCAGGGGCUGGAGCAGGGCACGGAGGCGGCGGCUGGCUGGGCACACCCCAGGGGCUGGAGCAGGGCACGGAGGCGGCGGCUGGCUGGCUGUCCCGGGACUGGAACUGGGAGUGGGGGAAGAGCACUCGGUGGGAGGAGCUGGCACGCCGGGAGCGGCAGAGGUAGUGAGUCUAGGGCAGCGGCCGGCAGGGGGGUGCCAGUCCCGACUCCCGGAGCUGGGGGAGGCUGGUGAGUGGGGUGGCGGGCGCCCCCUGCAUGCGGAGGCCGGGGGGCGCUGCCGCAGCCGGUACCAUGGGCUGAGCUCCCGCCGCACCAUGACCGUCUACACCCUGAACCUGCGCGUCUUCUGGCCGCUGGUGACUUGCCUGUGCACGGCCCUCGUGUGCCUCUACCAGGCCGUGCGAAGCAGGGCGGGCGCCCCGGACUCGGACAGCGCCCCGGACUCGGGCUCCGUCCCGCUGCUCAAGGGCUCCGCGCUGCUGCUGCUGGGCUUCCUGCUGCUCCGCUACUGCGGCUCCCGCAGCGGCGGCGGGGAGUGCGGCCAACGGCCCCGAGCCGCAUGCGGCCCCGAGGCGCCGGCGAGCAGCGCCGCCCGCCGGAGCCUGCUAGAGAGGUUCUACGAGCAGCAGCUGCGCCUCUCCCCGCACGUGCUGGGCCACAGUAAGGCGCACGUGAGCCGCAUCGUGGGCGAGCUGGUGCGGGCGGCCAAGGCGCAGGGGCUGCAGCCGGGGUCCCUGACCCCCACCCUGCGCGGGGACUUCGUGCAGAUCGGCAGCGCCUACGAGCAGCACAAGGUCCGCAGCCCGGACUGCUUCGACAUCCUGGUGCCGCUGAGGCUGCCGCCGCGCCUGGAGCUGGAGCCCCGCUGCCUGGGCGCCGAGGAGCCGGGGCUGGCCCCGGAGCUGCGCAGCGCCUUCACCUGCGCCCUGAAGGCCCCGCAAGGGGCCGCCUGGCCCCGGGGCUACCGGCCCUUCAGCGAGGGCUUCUGCGUGGAGCUGCAGGGCAGGCGCUACCUGUCCUCGGCCCUGGUGCUGCGCUGGUUCCAGGGCCACCUGCAGCGGUGCCUGGGCGCCGUGCUCUACCGGCUGCAGGAGCGCUGCCGCAUCAGCCUGGCCGCCUGCCCGGGCCGCCAGCUCACCCUGCACAUCCUGCCGCGCUCCGACUACGUCUGCUGCCACAUCUCCAUGGCCGUGCGCCUCAUCCCCGCCAUCCCCCUGGGGGACUCGGUCUAUCUCAUCGCCCUGCAGCCCGGCGCCAGGAAAGCCCAGCCCGGCGCUUCCUGCCCCCUGCAGGCCCUCUGGGGGCUCAACGUCUCCAAGCAGGAGCAGCGGCUGCUGAGCUGGCUCAAGGAGCAGACCCCGACCAACUCUUGCCACCUCAAGUGCCUGCAGAUCCUCAAGGGGCUGCGGGACCUGCGCGGCCGGGGCUUGGAGCAGCCCUUCGGCGCCCAGUGGAGCCGCGUCCUCUCCUCCUACAUCCUCAAGACGGCGCUUUUCUCCUUGUUGCUCCGGAGGCCCUGGCAAGCCUGGGAGGAGCAGUUCCUGGCGGAGCGGCUGGAGGACCUGGUGCUGUACCUCAGGGACUGCCUGCAGAAGCGGGUGCUGAUGCAUUUCUUCUUGGGCAACGCCAACGUCCCCGAGGCGGUGCCGGUGCCUAAGCUCCUGAAGGAAGCUGCCCCCGUCAAUCUGCUGGCUGCCUUUGACGCCCCUACUCUAGACUUGGCCGCCUUCCAGCUUCUGAACACCUGGAACCAGGCUCCUAAGAUCAUCCGAAUGUACAGUAGCCCAAAGUACUUGAGGAAGAGCCCCACGUUGUGUAAGCACAUUACCGAUACCGGACAAGAGUCCCAAAGCAACUGA